AUGGCCAAGAAGCUCUCUAGCUCUCGCGCAGCUAUGUCUUCGGACAACACCACAUCGGCUCCGGUUGCUGAGACAGCGCCGGAGCCAAGCACGGGCGGCGGCAGGAAGCGCAAGGCGGGCGCAAAGCCCGCCGUGCAAGACAAGAAGGUCAAGGUGGAAGAGACCUCGUCUCUCUCAACAACUGCGCGUCCAAAGCGUGCCGCAGCCAAGAAACCAGCUGUUGAGGAGGACGAGGUCGCAGACGAAGUCGUCGAAGACAAAGUCAAGGCCAAGGCAAAGACCACUAGGGCGAAGAAGGCCUCUUCCACCGCGACGAAACAUGCGAAGAUCCUGCCGCCGCUUGAGCAACGCACGCAGAACACCAAGCACCGCAUUGGCGCUCAUGUCAGCAUCGCAGGUGUGGCCAAAACUGACCUUACCAGUGCCAACGCCUUUGCCAUGUUCAUGAAAAAUCAGCGCAAGUGGGAGUCAAAAGACAUCGACCAAGAGCACGUCGAUUUCUUUGUCAAGUGGUGCGAAGAUCACAAGAUCAAUGCUGCAGAGUGUUGCCUGCCACAUGGUUCAUAUCUCGUCAACCUAGCACACCCUGACCCAGCACACAAGAAGCAAUCAUAUGACUCCUUCCUCAACGACUUGUCUCGCUGCCACAGGCUAGGCAUCCGACUCUACAACUUUCACCCCGGAAACUCCAACGCUACAACUCGCGAGGAGGGGAUCAUCACCAUCUCAGAAAACAUCAACCAAGCUCAUGCAGAUCCGGCGUCUGGCAAGGUCGUGACCGUUUUGGAAACCAUGGCGAGCCUAGGUAACACCAUCGGUGGUAACUUUACAGACAUCGCUGCCAUCAUCAGGCUUGUCAAUGACAAGAGCCGCGUUGGAGUUUGCCUGGACACGUGCCACGUAUUCGCAGCUGGUUACGACUUGCGCACCCCAGAGGCCUACGCGAAGACAAUAGACAAGUUCGACAAGGAGAUCGGCCUCGAGUACCUCAAGGCCUUCCAUGUCAACGACAGUAAGGCUCCAUUCUCCAGCCACCGCGAUGUCCACGCCCGCAUCGGCACCGGUUAUUUGGGUCUUCAGGCUUUCCACAACCUGAUGAACGACGAGCGCUUCCAUGGUCUCCCCAUGGUCCUCGAGACACCCUGUGACACACUGGAUGCUGAUGGCAAGAAAGUGGAGGACAAGGGCAGCUGGGCACGAGAGAUAAAGAUGCUCGAGAGCCUCGUGGGUAUGGACAUUGAAUCAGAUGAGUUUAAGGCGCUCGAUACACGUCUUCAGCAGGAAGGCGCGACUGAGCGCGAGCGCAUUGGAGAUCAGGUCAACAGGAAAGCUAUCAAGGACGCCAAGCCCAAGAGAGCCACCAAGAAGGCAAGCAAGAAGAAGGUGGAGAGCGAGGAAGAUGGCGAUGAGGAAUAA